AACACUGCGUGGAAGAACUGUCAACAGCAGAGGAAGCUGUCGUUCCCAGCGUCUUCAUCUGUUCCCACGGAGGACUAACGGGUGAUCUGAAGUGAGGGCUCCCGUGCAGCGUACGUCGCCUCCGGUCCAGCCCGUCGGGGUUCCCGGGUCUCUGUCCCGCUGUCAGUCAUGGAUCCGUUUGACAGUAACUUGUCGGCAGAGCGCGCCAACCUUCCGCGGAACAUGAUCGAGAACAGCAUGUUCGAGGAGGAGCCGGACGUGGUGGACCUGGCCAAGGACUCCGCAGCGUUCCCGGCCUUCCCCACCCUGGACCCCGACGAGGUGGUCUACGAGCCGCGCAGCUCCCGCCUGCUGGUGCGCGGCCUGGGGGAGAACGAUAUGGACGACGACGAGGAGGACAGUGAGUCUUCGGCACGGCUGCUGGGCAUGUCCUUCAUGAACCGCAGCGCCGCCCACCGCGCUGGCUCCUCCCCCUACGCACGGCAGGCCCCGCCCAGCUCCUGCUCGCGGCCGUCCACUCGGACCACGGUGGUGUGUGUGCUGUUCCUGGUCAUCGUGGUGUCGAUGAGCAUGGUGCUGUACUUCCUGCCCGGCUGUACCUUCACCAGGACGGGCUGUCCCAAGGAGAACAGCACCGCCCCCAUGGAGCCCGUGUACCCCAACUCCACCACGGGGGAGCCCUUCCCCUGGGCGGAGCUCCGCCUCCCGGCCAGCGUGCGGCCCGUCCACUACGACCUCACCGUGAACCCCGACCUCGACGCCAUGACCUUCACGGGCCGCACCGUCAUCAGCAUGGCCGUGCUCCACGCCACCAAGCGCAUCGUGCUGCACGCCGCCGACCUCACCGUCACCAAGGCAACCUUCCAGCUGGGCGAGGGCCAGGCCAGGGUCGUGACCCUGCUGGAGUAUAAGCCCCACCAGCAGGUGGCCGUCCGGUUCCCUGAGGAGCUGAAGCAGGGACAGCGCUGUGUGCUGACGCUGGACUACCACGCCAGCCUGUCCAGCACCUACGACGGCUUCUACAACAGCUCCUACGCCGACAAGGACGGCAAGAAGAGGGUCCUGGCUGCCACCCAGUUCGAGCCACUGUACGCCAGGAAGGCCUUCCCUUGCUUCGACGAGCCCGCCUUCAAAGCCACCUUCCUGGUCAGGAUCAGUCGCAGGGAUGGCUAUGUCGCUCUGUCCAACAUGCCCAAGGCCAAGACCACCAAUAUCACCGGAGGCCUUCUGCUGGACGAGUUUGAGAAGAGCAGCGUGAACAUGAGCACCUACCUGGUGGCCUUCGUGGUGGCCACCUUCCAGAGCGUGAGCAAGAACGUCUCCGACACGCUGGUGUCUGUGUACUCGGUGCCGGAGAAGAAGGACCACACGAUCUACGCCCUGGACACGGCCUGCAAACUUCUGCAGUUCUACAACUCUUACUUUGACAUCGCCUACCCCCUCAAGAAGCUGGACCUGGUGGCCAUCCCCGACUUCCUGGCGGGGGCGAUGGAGAACUGGGGUCUGAUCACCUUCAGGGAGACCAGCCUGCUGGUCAACAACCAGUCCUCCCCCCUACAGAAGCAGCUCAUUGCCUCUGUGGUCGCCCACGAGCUGGCUCACCAGUGGUUCGGUAACCUGGUGACGAUGAGCUGGUGGAACGACCUGUGGCUGAACGAGGGCUUCGCUACCUACAUGCAGUACAUGUCUCUGCAGCACGAGUACCCCCUGCUGGACAUCGGGAACCACUUCCUGACCGUGCGCUUCAGAGCGCUGGACAAAGACGCGCUGAACUCGUCCCACGCCGUCUCAGCGAGGGCGGACACGCCAGAGCAGGUGGCCGAGAUGUUUGACUCGGUCUCCUACGAGAAGGGUGCCUCCAUCCUGCUGAUGCUCAACGCCUCCCUGAGCGGGGACCUCUUCAGGAAGGGCAUCGUGGGCUACCUCAAGAAGUUCAGCGGCUCCAACACGGUCACAGACGACCUGUGGAACAGCAUUGCACAGGCCGACGUAACCCAGCAGCACCCCAACAUCCCCGGCAUGAUGAACACCUGGACCCAGCAGAAGGGCUUCCCAUUGGUCAGCGUCAGCCGGGACGGAGAUCUGGUGACCCUCACUCAGGAGCCCUUCCUGCUCAGCACCGACGCGACCGAGAGCGCACCCAGCCGCUGGCACAUCCCUGUGACCUAUGUGACGGCCGGCUGCAGCCUGACCCCGGACUGCGUCCAGGUGUUCACCCUGGAGAACCGAAACGCCACCCUGAAGCUGUCUAAGGAUGUGAAGUGGCUGAAGCUGAACUUCCAGAGCACCGGGUUCUACAUGGUGGACUACGGCACGGCGGGCUGGGCGGCCCUCAUCGAGGCCCUGACCGAAAACUGCACCGUCCUGCCCCGAGAGGACCGCGCCUCCCUCAUACACAACAUGUUUGCUCUGUCCAGGCUGGGACGCGUGUCGUUCCGGCAGGUUCUCAACCUGCUGGCGUACGUGGUGAACGAGACGGAGGCGGCGCCGGUGAGCGAGGCGCUGGCCCAGCUCAACACGCUGCACCUGCAGCUGGAGAAGAGGAACGAGCUGGACCUGGCUGCCCACCUCAAGUCCUACAUCCUGGAGCGGUUCGAGGCCCUGAUGAUGAAUCAGACCUGGGGGGAGGAGCCGUGCGUCUCCAAACAGGAGCUGCGGGAGGCGCUGCUCCAGACGGCGUGCGCUCUUGACGUUCCCGACUGCCUCCAGAAGGCCUCCGACCUCUACAGGCAGUACGCCAACGGCAGCGCCAGGGUCCCCGGGGACCUGCAGAGGGUGGUGUUCUCCGUGGCCGCCCGCUCUGAGGACGGCUGGGCGGAGCUGAUGCAGACCUACGCCCAGUCCAGCGACGACGCCCAGAAGAGGAAGAUCCUGCAGGCCCUAGCCUCCACCCGCGACACGCGCCACAUCGCCCGCAUCCUGAUCGAGGGUCUGCGGGGGGAGCUGGUCCAGACCACGGAGCUGCCUCUGAUCAUCAGCGCUGUCAGCGGGGGCUUCGCCGGCUCCCUGCUGGCCUGGGACUUCACUCAGCAGAACUGGGACGCCCUCAUCAAGAAGUUUCCUGUGGGCUCCUUCGCCAUCCAGAGCAUCAUCAUGUCCACCACCUCCCACUUCUCCACACAGACGCACCUCGACCAGGUGAGGAACUUCCUGGGCUCCCUGAAGAAGCGCGGCUCUCAGAUGCGCAGCGUCCAAGUCGCCGUGGAAACCAUCAUGUUGAACCAGCGCUGGAUGGACGCCAACCUCCCGGACCUCCGACACUGGCUCUAACCCCCCCGGCCCCGCCCACACUUGGCCCCGCCUUCGCAGGCCCCGCCCUAAACUCCAGACACUGGCAGUAUAGCUCCUUGAUAACGAGGAACAACAGAAGCCAAAGGUUGCUCUCACUCCGUGUGUGUGUGUGUGUGUGUGUAUGUGUGUGUGUGUGUGUGUGUGUGUGUGUGUGUGUGUGGGGGGGUCCUCUUGCUCAGGAUGGCUCCUACGGCCUCGUUCCCAGACGUGACCCCCCCCCCCCCCUCCCACCUUUUUAGCACUGUCGACGACCAAAACCCCUGUUGUCAUGGUUACACCAUUGCCCCACACCCCCAAAGCUCCAGCGGUCAUGGUUCCUCCAUGACAACCAUAAAGCCUCCAGACAGACAGACAGAUGGAGUCCGGGGGCGUGGCCUCUGAGGUCCCCCACAUGAAGGACGUCUGAAGCUGAAGGCCUGGAUGGGGGGGUGGGGGGGCUCACACGGGACCACAGCGCAGGGGGUUACCGUGGUGACACUGCACUGCCUCGCCUUCACAGCCAUUCAAGAGACUACUCCUCACCUCCUCUCCUCACCGCCUCCUGACCUCCCUGCUCUUCUCCUCACCUCCUCUCCUCACCUCCUCACCUUAGCUGAUUACUCUGAGCUUUAAGCACAUCAUGUAGGUGGAGAUCUCUGUCCUCGACCUAUGUCCUCCAGCCAGGCCCCACAGCGGUGGAGGUCUGGUCCAUGAACCACUGUGUCUUAGUGGGGGGGCGUCCCGUCUCAUGCACCGGCCCCCUCCCAUUGGCUGCUCCGUCCGUAGGGCGUGGCCGUUUCCUGUUCCUCCUGCGUGAACCAAUCAGUGUACAUAGCCGAAGACGAGGGCCCCGGGGCCCCUGAUGAAGAUUGUAAAUACGACCGGGCUCCGCCCACUGCUGUUCUAGAUGUCUUGCUUCCGUUGAAGAUUUGACGAGUUUUGCUUUAUGAGGCGUCCGCGUUGCGUGAGCAGGAAACAAACAAAGAAUGUGAUCAGGUGUUUUCCUGUUGUGUGAUGCGCUGGCGCCCAGGCGUGUGAAGGCUUUGUCCGUUGAGUGUAUAAUGUCAUAUCGUUGGUUUUAAGCGUUCUCAGUGUUUUUAUUCGGCGUGCGUUCACAGCCACGCUCCUACUUCCUGCUUUCACCCAUAACCUUUGACCUAUGACACUCCCUGUGGAGGUGGGGCGGCGUCUGGCCUGCAGGGGGAGUAUGGAGCACCGUAUCUGCUGGGGUGAUGGGGUCACCAGAACAAAUGGACACCGUUGAAUGUUCAUUCAGUCCGUCUCGUGAUCCAGCGACGCUCUCUCUGGCUCGCAGAGAGUGUCUUCCUUCUCUCUCUUAAGGGUUAGGGUUACCCCUCACUGAAAGACAAGCAGGCACAUAAAUACACACUUCCUGAUUGGGUCAGAUUGCAGACUGUCCGCAGUCAGACUCCGGUGCUCCGUACUCCCCCUGCUGGCCAGACUUCGCCCCACCGCCACGCUCCCAUUAGGAUCUGGAUCUUGUUUCGUUUCUGCAUUCAAGCGACGAUCAGACCGGUGUGCAGUCGCAGUACAGAACCGCGACUGCAGGGAGAGCAAACACAAUAAAUACAUACAGUCCUUAAGAAGCAGAUAGUGUGUGUGUGUGCGUGUGCGUGCGUGUGCGCGUGCGUGUGUGUGUGUGUGUUCCAGAAGGUCUCCCCAAAGUCUGACGAGUUCAACCCUAAAACAACAGAGGUCAGCUCUGCCUUUAAGAUUGGAUCACUCAGUAGAAUGAGUUGAUGGCUUCUUUCCCUCUCGCUCCCGACCCGUGAACACGAUGACUGUUUCUUCGUAUCAUCAUACAGAUGAUGACGAUGAUGAAGGCUCCUCUGAGCUGCACAUCAAUUCCAUGAUCACUCCUCUGCACAAUGCAGACAUCCUGAUAGUUCUUACAUCUCGCUGACACCAAAGCCCGCCACCCUGUUGCCCCCCUCAGUCUCCCCCCUUCGUCUCCCCCUCUGUCACCCCCAUGCUGGCUUGGUGUGUCUGUAAAUCCAAUUUAUUGGUUUUCCACUGAACAUUAGGGCAGCAAAAUGUACAACUUCAGAAGGAGCUAAUCCAACUCCCUUUUUGUUCAUAUAAAUAUUGAAGUGGGAGAGUGAUUGCAAUGUUACAAAAAUAAUAGUUCAAAAAUGUUGUUAAAUGUCUCUUAGAAGGUCUGUGCAGGAUUGACUGGGACUGUGUGUCGACGUUGAUUUGGUGGUUAGUUUCUGCUUAAUCAAAUACUAAGCUAUGGUGUCAAGCUUCCACAUGGAAAUAAAGCUGGUUUUACGUG